AUGUCUUCGAAUCAGUUUCAUGGAUCAAUGUUGCAAGAGGCUUACACGUCUGGAAUGAAUGAUAGGAAUAAUCAUUACCGAAGGAUUCUUAACAUGUACAUGAGGUUUCAUGAAGCCGUUGUUGCGAAGCAUGAUGCUCAGGUGGAAGUUUAUCGCAUUUCCGGUAAACUUGAACUCUUUGAUGAGAUCUUCAACGAUGGCGUUAUGAACCAUGUCAAGGACAAGGUGGAACAGGAACAAAUAUGGCGUUAA